GGUGGUGGACCAGUUUGGACGGUAAGAUUUUGGAGAGUGCAGCAGGAGCUCCUCAUCCAUAUCCCUCCAAACCCACCCCAGCCUGAACCCCAAUCUGAACCUAAUCCUAAACCCAGGCACAGGUGACAUCCUCCCAUAAGAGCGGAACCAUGGCGAAGAAGACCCUGAGUGAGGAUGAGAAGUUCCUCUACACAGAUAAGGACUUCUUCAACAGUCCAGUGGCUCAGGCUGACUGGGCGUUAAAAAAGCUGGUGUGGAUCCCGUCGGAGAAGCAUGGCUUUGAGUCCGCCAGCGUGAAGGAGGAGAAGGGCGAUGAGGUGCUGGUGGAACUGGUGGACAACGGCAAGAAGGUGACUGUGAACAAGGAUGACAUCCAGAAGAUGAACCCACCCAAGUUCAGCAAGGUGGAGGACAUGGCUGAGCUGACCUGCUUAAACGAAGCCUCCGUGCUGCAUAACCUGAGAGAGAGGUACUUCUCGGGACUUAUCUAUACUUAUUCUGGGCUGUUCUGCGUGGUGGUGAACCCCUAUAAGAUGCUCCCUAUCUACUCAGAGAAGAUCAUCGACAUGUACAAGGGCAAGAAGCGUCACGAGGUCCCGCCUCACAUCUACUCCAUCACAGACAAUGCCUACAGGAACAUGAUGCAGGAUCGUGAGGACCAGUCUAUUCUUUGCACAGGAGAAUCUGGUGCCGGAAAGACAGAAAACACUAAGAAAGUGAUUCAGUACCUGGCAGUGGUGGCAUCGUCCCACAAAGGCAAGAAAGACACCAGUGCUCAACAUUCAGGACAGCAGUUGGCCUAUGGGGAACUAGAGAAGCAACUACUGCAGGCCAACCCCAUUCUGGAGGCUUUCGGAAAUGCCAAGACUAUCAAGAAUGACAACUCAUCUCGAUUUGGCAAAUUCAUCCGCAUUAACUUUGAUGUAACAGGAUACAUCGUUGGAGCUAACAUUGAAACCUACCUGCUUGAGAAGUCGCGCUGUAUCAGACAGGCCAAAACAGAAAGAGCCUUCCACAUCUUCUACUACAUGGUGGCAGGCGCAAAAGACAAGUUACGUGAGGAGCUCCUGCUGGAAAGUUUCAACAAUUACCGCUUCCUCAUGGCCGGCCAUGUGCAGAUCCCAGGCAACCAGGAUGAUGAGAUGUAUGAAGAAACCAUGGAGGCUAUGAACAUCAUGGGCCUUAGUGAUGAGGAGAGGAUAGGCAUCCUCAAAGUGGUGUCAACUGUUCUGCAGCUGGGAAACAUUGAGUUUAAGAAGGAGAGGAACCAGGAGCAGGCCACCAUGCCAGACAACACCGCGGCCCAAAAGGUGUGUCAUCUCUCCGGCAUCAACGUGACAGACUUUACCAGAGCUAUUCUGACCCCUCGCAUCAAAGUGGGCCGUGAGGUUGUACAGAAGGCUCAGACCAAAGAACAGGCUGACUUUGCAAUAGAGGCUCUGGCAAAGGCCACAUACGAGCGUUUGUUCCGCUGGAUCCUGGGCCGGGUCAACAAGGCACUGGACAAGACAAAACGUCAAGGCGCUUCCUUCUUGGGCAUCUUGGACAUUGCUGGCUUUGAAAUUUUUGAGGACAACUCGUUUGAGCAGCUGUGCAUCAACUACACCAACGAGAAGCUGCAGCAGCUGUUCAACCACACCAUGUUCAUCCUGGAGCAAGAGGAGUACCAGCGUGAGGGCAUCGAGUGGAACUUCAUUGACUUUGGCCUGGAUCUGCAGCCCUGCAUUGAGCUCAUUGAAAGGCCGAACAACCCCCCAGGCAUCUUAGCUCUGCUGGAUGAAGAGUGCUGGUUCCCCAAGGCCACAGACAUCUCUUUUGUAGAGAAACUCACAAACACCCAUGUCAAUCAUAUCAAAUUUGCUAAACCGAAGCAGCUGAAGGACAAGACUGAGUUCUCUGUGCUUCAUUAUGCUGGAAGGGUGGAUUAUAACGCUGUAGCAUGGCUGACCAAGAACAUGGACCCACUGAACGAUAACGUUACUGCACUGCUUAACAACUCUUCCAGCCUAUUCGUGCAGGACUUAUGGAAGGAUGUGGAUCGAGUUGUUGGUUUGGAGCAGAUUGCGAAGAUGUCCGACAGCUCUAUGCCAAGUUCCUCCAAGACGAAGAAGGGGAUGUUCCGUACCGUCGGACAGCUCUACAAAGAGUCCCUGGCCAAGCUGAUGACCACCCUGCACAACACACAGCCAAACUUUGUGCGCUGCAUUAUCCCCAAUCACGAGAAGAGGGCAGGGAAGCUUGAUGCCCACCUGGUUCUGGAGCAGCUGAGGUGUAACGGUGUGCUGGAGGGAAUCAGGAUCUGCAGGCAGGGCUUCCCCAACCGUAUUGUCUUCCAGGAGUUCAGACAGCGAUAUGAGAUCUUGGCAGCUAGUUCCAUUCCUAAAGGCUUCAUGGAUGGCAAACAGGCCUGCAUUUUAAUGAUUAAGCACCUGGAUCUGGAUCCUAACCUCUACCGGAUUGGGCAGAGUAAGAUCUUUUUCCGGACCGGAGUUCUGGCCCAGCUGGAGGAGGAGCGUGAUCUGAAGAUCACUGUCAUCAUCAUUGCCUUCCAGGCGCAGGCUAGAGGCUUUCUGGCCAGAAAGGCAUUCGCUAAACGGCAACAGCAGCUGACUGCUAUGAGAGUGAUCCAGAGGAACUGUGCUGCAUACCUCAAACUCAGGAACUGGCAGUGGUGGAGACUCUUCACUAAGGUGAAGCCUCUGCUGCAGGUAACCCGUCAGGAGGAGGAGUUAAGUCUGAAGGAGGAUGAGCUGAACAAAGCUAAGGAAUCUGCCAUCAAAUUUGAAACAGAGCUGAAGGACAUCACACUGAAACACACACAGAUGGUGGAGGAGCGUAAUGCUCUGCAGGAGCAGCUGCAGGCAGAAACUGAGCUGUAUGCCGAGGCUGAGGAGAUGCGAGUUCGUUUAGCAGCCAAGAAACAGGAGCUGGAGGAGAUCCUGCAUGAGAUGGAGGCGCGACUGGAGGAGGAGGAGGAUCGCAGUGCCGCCAUGCAGGUGGACAAGAAGAAGAUGCAGCAGCAGAUUCAGGAGCUGGAGGAACAUCUGGAGGAAGAGGAGGAUGCACGACAGAAGCUGCAGCUGGAGAAGGUGACCUGUGAGGGGAAAAUAAAGAAACUGGAGGAUGAUAUUUUAGUGAUGGAGGACCAGAACAACAAAUUGCUGAAGGAAAGAAAGCUUCUAGAAGAGCGAGUGGCUGAUUACAGCGCUAAUCUGGCUGAGGAGGAGGAAAAAUCCAAAAAUCUUACAAAACUCAAGAACAAACACGAGUCCAUGAUCUCAGAACUGGAAGUGCGGUUGAAGAAGGAGGAGAAGACGCGUCAGGAGUUGGAUAAAGCGAAGCGUAAGUUGGAGGCGGAGUCUAAUGACCUUCAGGAGCAGAUUGCUGACCUUCAGGCUCAAAUCGCUGAGCUGAAGGCCCAGCUGGCCAAGAAAGAGGAGGAGCUACAGGCGGCUCUCGCACGUCUGGAGGAUGAAAUGGCUCAGAAGAACAACGCUCUGAAGAAGAUCCGGGAGCUGGAAGGUGUGAUCUCGGACCUGCAGGAGGAUCUCGAGUCGGAGCGCGCCGCACGUAACAAAGCUGAGAAAACUAAGAGGGACCUAGGGGAGGAGCUGGAGGCCUUGAAGUCAGAGCUGGAGGACACACUGGACACCACAGCUACGCAGCAGGAGCUAAGGGCAAAGCGGGAGCAAGAGGUGACUUUACUGAAGAGGGCAAUGGAGGAGGAGAGCCGCACCCAUGAGGCUCAGGUUCAGGAGAUGAGACAGAAACAUACCCAGGCUGUGGAGGAGCUCACUGAGCAGCUGGAGCAGUCCAAGAGGGUGAAAACUAACCUGGAGAAGGCGAAGCAGGCUCUGGAGAAAGAGACGUCAGAGCUGACGGUGGAGAUCCGCUCGCUGACACAGGCCAAGCAGGACGUGGAGCACAAGCGGAAGAAGGUGGAGGGUCAGCUGACGGAUCUGCAGGCACGCUUCAACGACAGUGAGAAGCAGAAGGCAGAACUCGGAGACAGAGUGUCCAAAAUCACUGUGGAGCUGGAGAGCGUGACGAAUCUCCUGAAUGAAGCAGAGGGAAAGAACAUCAAACUAAACAAAGAUGUGGCCAGUCUCACCUCUCAGGUCCAAGACACACAGGAGCUGCUGGCAGAGGAGACAAGACAGAAGCUGCAGUUUUCCACAAAACUGCGUCAGAUGGAGGAUGAGAGGAACAGCCUGCAGGAGCAGCUUGAGGAGGAGGCCGAGGCCAAGAGGAAUGUAGAGAGACACGUCUCAACUCUCAACAUACAGUUGUCAGACUUUAAAAAGAAGCUGGAGGAGAUGGCUGGGAAUGUGGAGCUUCUGGAGGAGGGAAAGAAGCGUCUGCAGAGAGAUCUGGAAGCAUCCAACACCCAGUUUGAGGAGAAAGCGGCUGCCUAUGAUAAGCUGGAGAAGACAAAGAACCGUCUGCAGCAGGAGCUGGAGGACAUCUUGAUGGACCUGGACAACCAGAGACAGCUGGUGUCCAACCUGGAGAAGAAGCAGAAGAAAUUUGACCAGAUGCUGGCAGAAGAGAAGAGUAUCUCUGCUAAGUACGCUGAUGAGCGGGACAGGGCAGAGGCAGAGGCCCGAGAGAAGGAGACGAAGGCACUGUCAUUGGCCCGGGCACUGGAGGAAGCACAAGAUUCAAGAGAAGAGCUGGAAAGAGCAAAUAAAGCCCUCAGAGCUGAGAUGGAGGACCUUGUCAGCUCUAAGGAUGAUGUGGGCAAAAAUGUUCAUGAGCUGGAGAAGUCUAAGCGUGGUCUGGAGGCUCAGGUAGAGGAGAUGAAGACACAGCUGGAGGAGCUGGAGGACGAGCUGCAAGCAGCAGAAGAUGCUAAGCUGCGUCUGGAGGUGAACAUGCAGGCUCUGAAAGCUCAGUUUGAGCGAGACCUGCUGGGCCGAGACGAGCAAGGAGAGGAGAAGAGGAAGCAGCUUUUCAAACAGGUGCGUGAGCUGGAGACAGAGCUGGAGGACGAGCGUAAGCAGAGAGCUGCUCUGGCCGCCUCUAAGAAGAAGAUGGAGGGAGAUAUGAAGGACCUGGAAGGUCAGAUAGACACGGCCAACAAGGGCAGAGACGAGGCCAUCAAACAGCUGCGCAAACUCCAGGCCCAGAUGAAGGACUUCCAGAGGGAACUGGACGAAGCCAGGACAGCCAGGGAGGAAGUAAUGUCCACUGCCAAAGAGAACGAGCGGAAGGCCAAGAACCUGGAGGCUGAGCUCAUGCAGCUACAGGAGGACUUGGCGGCAGCAGAGAGAGCAAAGAAGCAGGCUGAAGCAGAGCGUGAUGAACUGGCUGACGAGUUGGCAAGCAACGCGUCUGGAAAGUCAGCGCUGAGUGAUGAGAAACGUCGCUUGGAGGCCAAGAUUUCUCAGCUGGAGGAAGAGCUGGAAGAGGAGCAGGGCAACAUGGAGGUGCUAAACGACCGCCUGAGGAAGAGCGCCCAGCAGGUUGACCAGCUGACCAACGAGCUGCAGGCGGAGCGCUCCACCUCGCAGAAGAAUGAGAGUGCCCGGCAGCAGCUAGAGAGGCAGAACAAAGAUCUGAAGUCCAAACUGCAGGAGAUGGAGAACCAAGUGAAAUCCAAGUUUAAGUCCUCUAUCACUGCCCUGGAGGCCAAGGUUGCUCAACUGGAGGAGCAGCUAGAGCAGGAGAACAGGGACAAGCAGGCCUCCGCUAAAACGAUGCGUCAGAAGGAGAAGAAGCUGAAGGACUUGAUAAUCCAGGUGGAAGACGAGAGGAAGCAAGCAGAGCAGUACAAAGACCAGGCAGAUAAGGCGAAUGCCCGUGUGAAACAACUGAAGCGUCAGUUGGAGGAGAGUGAAGAAGAGUCUCAACGAAUCACAGCUGCCCGCAGAAAGCUGCAGAGGGAGCUGGACGAGGCCACAGAGGCCAACGAUGCCAUGAGCCGAGAGGUCAACUCCCUCAAGAGCAAACUCAGGCGGGGUAACGAGCCGUCCUUCAGCAGCACCUCAAGACGCACCGGCGGCCGCAGAAUGAUGGACACUGCCGACGCUGCUGAAGACGACGUCGACUCGCAGGGUGACUACAAUGGCACCAAAUCUGGAGAAUAGACGCAACACACCACCCAGCAGCAUACACACCCUUACACCCCCUUCCCUAAUCCCCAGCUUAACCUCUUAAUGAUUAUGAAGUAACCACUUUCUUAUUUUAACUGUAAUUAAUAUUGAUUGUUUAUCCUCUGACCUGCACAGUGGUCCAGUCCUCUCUUCAUCAUCACCUGCUGUUCUCAGUGUUCUGCUCUGUAUUUCUGUUCUAGUAAGAUUCUAAUAAUGUUCUAAUGCUGCAUCAUAUUUUCACAAGUUUAUUAAAACAUGCAAACUCAAGCAAACUGGGUCACAAUGCGAGCACAGGGUCACACAGGUUUAUGCAACAGACUCCGGGACAUGUUCUUGCUUCUUUGCAGCAGGUUAAUAGGCGGGUCAGUCACUGGCCAGUGUGUUUGUAUUCAGCACACUGGAUCUUACUGUAGAAUGUGUUAGAAUAGCAGCAAUUAAAAGUCUGUCUGAUUAUUUAGAGCCAACUCUCAGCUUUAGUUUCUCUUUUCUGCGCUAAUUUCUGUUCUUUUUUUUUUCUUUAAAGAGCUAGAGUUGAAACAACACAAGUCAGGUAUCUUUACAAUUUGAUAGCACUUUAUGAUCACUUUUUAUCUAUGCAGUAGAUUAUUUUACCAAAGAAUACUGUGUUCUACUGUGAGAACCUCAGAGAACUCAAAGACAAAUAUAAAAAAAAAUAUUCUCCAACACAAAUAUAUUUAUAUAUAUUCUACAGAAAUGUUUUUUCAAAACUUUAAAGCCUUAUUCAGCUCCUAAUCAAAGAGUCGGUGCCGCACACAUGCAGCUGUUUUAGUCCUGAUUUGGACUUUAAAACCUCUUAACUUUAAACCCUUUAAAGGACGUAUUUCGUAUUUGAUAAUGCGGUUAUUUUUCCAAACCCCGCCUCCACUUAGUGUCACCAAAGUGUAGUCUAGAUUUAUUAUCAGAAAUGUUAAUUCACUUUAAUCUAUUAAUUUGUGUAACCACUUGCACAUUAAAAUAAAGUGUGAAACAAA